GCGAUUGUUGUCUACGUCCCAGCAUCGACCCGCUCUCUGCCUUCGGUCUUCCUGGCUCUAUCAUUCCCGACCUGGUGCACCUUACCAUCCAUUGUCAGCACCUACCUCCUCUCGAUCGUCCGACACCCCUCCAAAGAAGGGUUCGAAGGCACGCGAGCAGGCGGACCUUCCAAGUAGAUCCCCAGACUUAUCUCUCUCAGUGUACCCAAAUUGCGGUCAAGAUGGCAUCUCCCGGUAUACCAGACAAUGGGGAGGGCUCAUCGGCCCAGCAGGAUCAGUCAACGCCUAUAUCCACCAGCGCGAUGCGGACCGGCUCACCUGGUCCAGAGGCUAGACAGGCUUCGAUCGCACGCCUGGCUUCCCCCGUCCCCUCCAUGUCGAAUUCCUAUUCAUCUCGACCGACGCCAGUGCCGAUCAACGCUCCUGUGCCCAAUAACGAGCACGACUAUCGGAAAGUUGACAACGCGUCCUCGCUACCCGGUCCCGGCCAGUCCAUGAUCGCAUCGGCUCUUCAAGAUAGCCUCGGACGCUCGCCCCCCAGACUUGGAACCCCACCGAGACGCAUCGCAUCUCCUGCCUUGCAGCAGCCACAGCCAAUCAGAUCCAAUUAUGGCUCGUUUGACAAUAAGGCUGGCUCAGAGUAUUCGGCAGGACCGUAUGAGGAUCCCGAGGUUAUCAAGAGGCAUUUGGUGAACCCGCAAAAUACCGUCGAGAACCGCGAUAUCCAUUCUUCCGGGGACGCCGCCAGUAAUGCGGACGAUGAAUUCUCUAGUCUGCAGCUCCAGGGAGGUGACAUUACACGGCAGGUUUACCGAUGGGCGGAGGAUGCGGAUACGAGCCAUCCUGCGAAGAGACACCUUCGAAGCAAGAGUUUCAGUCUUCACCGUCCCGCACCCGAGACCGAGACGAUGGAUAUCAACAGUAUCCGAGUUCCAGGUGGGUUCCGACGAGACUAUAUUCGGCGAGCAGCGGGUCCUCUGCCUGGGGACGGUGAGAGUCCGGGACCGCAGGCGACCGCCGCUCAGCCUCAGCUUCCAACCACCAGUUUUCUGGAAUUCCUUACUCUUUACGGCCACUUCGCAGGCGAAGAGCUGGAAGAGGACGAUGAAGUCUUGGGGCCUGACGAGUACUUUUCAUCGGACACUUGGGAUGAAGAAAUCAGAGAGCCUGGAGAGGACUCCGCCCUUCUUCGUCCAGAAACCCCUGGCAGAAGGAAGCGAAAGCCGCGCGGAGGAACUGGAAAUAAUACCAGGACAGGAGCAGCCCUUCUCUUGUUGAAAUCAUUCGUUGGAACAGGAGUCCUAUUCUUACCGAGAGCAUUCCUCAACGGUGGUAUGCUCUUCAGUAGUAUGGUCUUGCUCGGGGUCUCUCUGCUUAGCUUUUACGCAUUCAUUCUUUUGGUGAAUACGCGAUUGAAGGUUGAUGGAUCAUUUGGUGAUAUUGGUGGCGCACUGUAUGGAAAGAACAUGCGGCGCAUUAUCCUUGGCUCCAUCGUGCUCAGUCAACUAGGAUUUGUAUCCGCGUACAUUGUGUUCACGGCUGAAAAUCUGCAAGCAUUUGUACUGGCUGUUAGCAAGUGCAAGUCCUUCAUUGACAUCAAGUUCAUGGUCUUGAUGCAAUUGGUUAUAUUCCUGCCCCUUUCGUUGGUUCGCGAUAUUAGCAAGCUUGGUUUCACGGCAUUGAUUGCGGACGUCUUCAUCUUGCUGGGGCUGAUUUAUCUUUACUACUACGAUAUCUUCACGAUCUCAGCCCAGGGCGGCAUUUCAGAUAUCAUUUCAUUCAACCCUUCCACCUGGACGCUCUUCAUAGGAACUGCCAUCUUCACCUACGAGGGCAUCGGACUUAUCAUCCCCAUCCAAGAAUCCAUGAAGCACCCUCAGCAGUUUCAGGGAGUCCUUGCCGGUGUCAUGGUUAUCAUUACGAUCAUCUUUCUUUCCGCAGGUGCGCUCAGCUAUGCGGCAUACGGAUCCGCAACGAAGACCGUGGUUAUUCUCAACCUUCCUCAGGACGACAAAUUCGUAAAUGCCGUUCAAUUCCUCUAUUCUCUGGCGAUUCUGCUGAGCACCCCACUGCAACUGUUCCCGGCCAUUCGAAUCAUGGAAAACGAACUGUUCACGCGCAGUGGCAAAUACAACCCUAAGAUCAAAUGGGAAAAGAAUUGCUUCCGGUUCUUCCUGGUGAUGAUUUGCUCCUUUGUCGCCUGGGGUGGAGCCGACGACCUGGACAAAUUCGUUUCUCUGGUCGGCAGCUUUGCCUGCGUUCCUUUGAUUUACGUGUACCCGCCUCUUCUGCACCUCAAAGCCUGUGCUCGUUCGAGGCGUCAGCAGAUCGCCGACAUUGCCCUUUCCUGCUUUGGUGUAGUCUCUUGUAUCUAUACUACUGCUCUAACGAUGUCCAAUUGGGUGAAUGGAGGAGAAGUCAAGCCCCCGGGAUACUGCGACUCGGAGUCCGGCUAAACUUGUCCUUCCUGAUCUCCGAUUUCAAAUGAUGUGCCCGACAUUUUUAGUGCCCUGACACUGGUCGCUUUUGGAAUACGCGUCCUCUAUUAUGUGAAUGACUGAUGCUAUGCUGCAACGUUCAUCUGCCAAAGCGAAGCCAGUAUGUGAACCCUUCCUUCUUUUUUUCUGUCUUUUUUCAUCUUUCUUGUUGGUUCUUAUUUCUUUCGUUUCGUUUCUUGUUGUGUUAUCGAUAGACGCUGUAUACAAAUUGGUCAACGCUUGUCCUUGGAUUUCUUUCGUCUUAUAGUAUUGUUCUUGGAUAUUACUUCUUCCUCUUCUUCAAAUCGUAUUGCUACUAUUAUUAUUAUUUUUAUGUUAGCUAAGAGAAGACUAAUAUCAG